AUGCGGCGGCUUUCCACGGACCACGUGGAGUGUCUUCAGCUGCUGCUAGGCCACAACGCCCAGGUCAACUCCCCCGAUGCCUCCGGGAAGACCUCCCUCAUGAUGGCUGCUGAGAACGGACAAACCAACGCUGUCGAGCUGUUGGUGAGCAGUGCCAAAGCAGAGCUCACCCUGCAGGAUGCAGUCAAGAACACUGCUCUUCAUCUGGCCUGCAGUAAGGGGCAUGAAACCAGUGCUUUGUUGAUAUUGGAGAAGAUUACAGACAGGAACCUCAUCAACUCGACUAACGCAGCCUUACAGACGCCGUUACACGUUGCAGCCAGAAAUGGUCUGACAGUGGUGGUUCAGGAGCUACUAGUGAAGGGUGCUAGCGUGCUAGCAGUCGAUGAGAAUGGUUACACGCCUGCCUUGGCCUGCGCCCCCAACAAAGACGUGGCGGACUGCCUGGCGCUGAUCCUGGCCACCAUGAUGCCCGUGUCCCCCUGCAACCCUGCGCCCAGCCUGUCCUUCAGUGCCAUUAACCACUACACCACCAGCCCCUCCAAGAGUGUGACCUUCGACAGCCUGCCCGUGCUGCGCAGCGAGCACAGCUCCUACUGCAGCUUCAACAACAUCGGCCACCGCGAACACGAUGGAGGCUUCUACAAGGAUGAGGAACUCAACGACUCAGACUCAGAGACAUACUGAGGGGGGUGGUGGUCGCUGCCCAGGAGGGGAGCCAAGGGCAGGCAGAUGGACAGUGAAGUGGGGCAGAGGCCACAAACAAAUCCACACAUACACACCGUGUCUUAAAUCACCACAGCCAGCUUUGGGAGGGCACGAGCCGAGACAGUCCGCACAGGAGCCUUAAGAGUCCCGCAGUUGGAGA